GUUGGUUGCGGCGCCAUCGGCUGUGAACUUUUGAAGAAUAUGGCCCUUCUCAACAUGGCUACCCACAAAGAUUAUGAGGGUUCUGAUGGAAAUGACGGUCAGGACCUCGCUGUUUCUGGCGCCCACAUCACGAUUACAGACCCGGAUCAUAUAGAAAAAUCUAACUUAAACCGGCAGUUUCUCUUCCAUCGUCAGCAUGUAGGCCAAUCAAAGAGUCUAGUGGCGUCCAAAGCCAUACAGUCGAUAAAUCCUCAUAUGAGGAUCACCGCAUUGCAGCACAAGGUUCAGUCAGUAAAUUUGGAGACUGGUUACAAACUUCGCUUCCAUGGCUCUUCUAGUCUUAGAUCGUGUUAA